GUAAGGAUAAAUUUGGUGAGUUGGCAAAAUAAAAUGUAGUUUGUGUAAAAAAAAAAUGUAUUUUGCACGGCAGGGGUGUAGGAUGGGCGAAGAGGUCAUUGACUAGCUGGGAUGGAACCUUGAAUGGCUUUGCAUACCAAACUAAAUUUAGCCUGUAUUCUGUGGGAGAUAGGGAGCUAUGGAAAGUUCUGGACCGAAGAUAAUGAGCUACAGUGCUUGUUAGAUUCCAUUGACUGUAGGCCUGGGUUAGGCCCUGGGGUCCACAAGAGGCAAAAGAAGACAUGAAGUGAGAGGUAUGUCCUCACCUCUUGGGGGGCCAGGGGCCACCCGGGUAGGGGCCGGGGCUGACCUUCGGGGUCUUCCCUGGGCUUUUCCCUUCCGGGUAGGCUCUGAAAGAAGAAAGGAUGCAGGCAUUUGUGUGGUGGCUCGCCUGGUCCUGAUUCUAGGCCCCGCCCAUAAGUCCCCUCCACUCUGGCUCCGCCUCAGGCACCGCCCAUCGGCCCUUUACUUUCUGCUCAGCACUGGCAUACUAGCUCCACCCAGUAGUUGGCCACGCCCCUGGGCUCCGCCCCUCAUUGACCCUUUUCCUGGGACCCGCCCGCUCCAGGACACGCCCCCACCUGCCAGUUGUAGGGUUGCCUCUCUGGCCACGCCCUCCCACGUUCCUCUCCCUCUUAUUGGUCUCUAACGCAGGGUCCUCGCGGGUCUGUAGGCCCGCCCUCCGCGGCUCUCUUGUAUUCCGGACCAGCCCCCUAGCCUUGAUGGGCUGCCCCUGUUGGCUCCGCCUUCCACAGGGCCCGCCUCCCGCGUCACCGCCUCUUUGGCUCCGCCCCUGGUUCCGCGCAGACUCACUGGAGCUCUUGGGCAGCCCAUCACCCACGCUGACCGUGAGGGUUCGGCCGCUAGCCUUGAGUACUGCCGUGUCUCCGGAGCCGCGGGAGAAGGUGACGCUGCGGGUGCCGCCUCCGCCCCAGCCCUCCUUCUUCACCCGGAACUGUAGUCUGUGGGAAGAGGAGGAAGCUUGGGAGCUAGCUGGGGUCCUUUUUCCCUGUCCCCACCUCGCCCGGCUGCGGAGGGUCGGCACAAGGUGCCAGGCGAUCGGGUCCCUGGGGCGGAAGAGUGGGUCGCUGCGCCAAGCCAGCCCGAGGAUGAUGCUGGGGUGGGGGCGUACGUGUCGCUGAAGGUGAGGGUCAGGGGCCUGUGUGCCGCCUCCUCGAAGCGCUUGCACAGAAGACUAACGAACUCGGUCUUGAAGACGCUCUCCAGGAAGCUAUCGGCGGCAUCCUCUUGGAGGAUGAAGAAGUCGUCUUGUCGCGUGCUGGGGAAAGGUGGGAGGAAGGGCAGGCAGAGCGACAGGUGAGGAUGACAGAAGAACUCACUUGCGAGAUGCAACAAGGGACAUCUCAGGGUCCCCAGGAUGAGCUGUUCCUCUUUUUCCCUUGGAAAUCUGCACUUCACCCCAGACUCAACCGCGAUACCAAAGUCUCCAAAUAGAACUGUUCUGUUGGAGACAUGAACUGUUUUGCUGUGGGCUGUGCAGUUCCCACCUCCCGUAUGCAGUCGAGCGACUGUUCUGGAGAUCUGUGCACCCGGGCUGAUUGCUACAGUGAGGAGGGAAUCCUGCUGGGCCCUGGGAACCCAGAAGAGCUUCCUGGUCUACCUGGCUGGAGUCACUCCGGUUCAGCCUCCUCUGUCUUCCUUGGGUCUCCGAGAAUUUUAUCCUGGACCUCAGAUUAAGCUGAGCCCUUGGCUUGUUUCCUGACCUCCUCAGUGGUCCCUCAGGUAGCCAUGGACGUGGAUGCACUGGGCCCGCCCGGCAUAACUCGAGGUCCCAGCAGGACUCUGUGGGUCGCUCGGGGCAGGGGCCCAGCCGUGCGACGGCAGAGGGAGUUCAUGCCGGAGGAGAAGAAGGACACUGUUUACUGGGAGAAGCGGAGGAGGAAUAACGAGGCGGCCAAGAGAUCCCGGGAAAAGCGACGUCUCAACGACGUGGCCGUGGAGAGCAGGCUGGCCGCGCUGCUGGAGGAGAACGCCCUGCUCAGGGCCGAGCUGCGGGCCCUCAAGCUGCGCUUGGGCCUCCUGCCUCCGGUUGGUGGCCCCCGGGCCUCGCCGCUGCAGGCCCUGCUGUGGGAGUCUCCCUGGACUGGGGACCCCCUCCCUGCGGCAGAGCCGCUCUCGUGUCUGCGUGGCUCCCGCGGCGGCCUCAAAGGGCCCUGUUCCCCGGAUGCCGGGAUUCCAGGAUGUCGGGGCUGCCUGGUGGCUCAGGGGUGGGCUGGCCUGGCUUCCUCCUCCCGGUUCUCCCCGGAGUCUGCUUCCCUGGCCCCCGAGAAAAUUGACAUGGCCUUGCGGGCUGCCCUCCCGGCUGCCCUCUUCAGGUGUCACCUCUUGGAUGGGCGCGUGGGGUCCAGACCAGAGCUCAAGCCUUGCUGGGGACUGUGGCCACCCGUGCCCCCUGGAUGCCGGGCCUCAGGGCCCUCGGAUGUGCUGCUGGCACCCUCUGCAGACCCCACGGGGCUUUCUGCCACCGUGACCUGCCUGGGCCCAGGGAGCAGUCCUCAGGGUCUGGCUCAGGCCUCCCUGCCCCACAAAUUGCGCAUCAAAUCCCAAGCCUUGGGCAGGGUGUCCGGAGGCUGGGCGGGUGGCCAGGCCCCUCUCUGAGGGCUUCCCCGGUGAGCUCAGCCUGCGGUGGGCUGGUUAGGAUCGGGCACGGUUUGUCCAGUGGGGAGUGGCUUGGCCUUGGCCAGCUCCCAGAGCCAGGCCUGUGGGAAGGAGGCGGCUCCUGGCUGGGACAGGUCCCUCUUGGUGUCCGGACGGGCUCUAAGUGCAGGGCCUGAGGUCCCAUCCUGGGUUCCAUCCUGGUGGCUGCCCCACCCUAACCCUGUGCUCUUUGGACCAUUCCUUCUCCUUCCUUUCAUCUGCUCAACCAUCGGCCACCCACCCAGCCCUGCAUCAUCCCCUGCCCACUGUGGUCCCCGGGCCCACCGCCCACUCACCCGCCAUCUUUCCGCCUGUCCAUCAUCCUGCCGUGCAGCUGUUCAUCCAGUCACUCAUCCCUGUGCUUCAUCUUUCACCCGUUUAUUUAGGACCCCCUGGUUCCCUCUUCCACCCACUCGAGACCUUUGGCUCCUCCCUCUGUGCCCCGCUUAGUGAUAAGGGUGGCCGUGAUUCCUCUCCUGGGGAGGGUGUGACCGAGGGCCCCAGGACAGAGCGGUAACACCUCAGGGUGUUUGAGUCCUCACUUCUCGGGCCUCGGUUUGGAAUUCAGCCGCCUCCCGUCUGCAUGGCUUCCUCUGUGUCUUGGAUUGGGGUCCUGAGCUGCUGGGACAGGUCAGUAGCCACCAGGUGGACACACCC